AUGGGGGGGAGAGAGCAUGGGGGGGAGAGAGCAUGGGGGGGAGAGAGCAUGGGGGAGAGAGCAUGGGGGAGACAGGGCGGGCUGAGUGCUCCUCUGACGGGAAGUGGGCGGAUCAUCUCCUGCCAAAACUUUGAAUUUGGAUUUCCACUGAAGACUUCUGUGAGUUUCUGCGUCAUGGUCGUGGGGAGAGUGGUGCAGAUGGCUGUGUUGGCCUGUCUGGUGUCUGCUGCUGCCCCUGUAAAAGAUUAUGUGAACUAUUUGGUGACUGCUCCCCAGAGUCCAAAGCUGGAGAUUGGCACAAAUUUCACAGCAACCUGUUUUAUUCAGAACACAUCCGAAGUUACAGCGGAUGACCUAUACUGGAAGCUUUCUAAAAAAGAAAUCCCCUCUGAGCAGUAUACAAAGAUCAAUGACUCUGCCCUCAGCGUUACCAUCACAAUCACAGACGAAACCCCGGACUGGCUCUUCUGCUUAAGCCAAAAGAAAUCUGUUAGACUCAAAAGUGGACAAUUUUACCAUGGCAUCUUCCUAAAAAAAGGCUAUUUCCCAAAGAAGCCUGAGAACCUCUCUUGUAUCGCUGUCCAAGAAAACAGGCAGAUCUCUCCAUUCGUUCGCUGUGAGUGGGAUCCAAAACACCAGAGACCUGGGGUUUUCAAGACGGACUACACGUUGCAUCUCCACAUUACAGUUGAUGAAAAAAGCUUCAAUAUAACUACACAAGAGAGUAGUGCUCAAAUAGACACCAAGGUUUUCCCCAAUUUUAUGACAUUAGACAUUUGGGUGGAAGCAAUCAAUGAUCUUGGAAAAGUGGAGUCUGAACAUCUAACAACGUUUUCCAAUUCACUUUUGAAGACAAAUCCUCCAUCUCUCAUCGAUAUACUUUCAGAGGACAAUUUCUCAUCGUCGCUGCUUCUGAAUUGGACACGUCCCAUUCAUGAAACGCAGUUAGACUUGAUCUAUGAAAUUAGGUUUGCUGCAGAGGGCUCCCACACCUGGUCUUAUGUGCUUCAGGAAGACACACGUUUUGAUAUACAAUCCUUCAGGCUCCAAGACCUUCGACCUGACACGGUUUAUAUCACUCAAGUGCGCUGCAAAAAUGACAAAGGCGGCUACUGGAGCGAGUGGAGUAAAAACUCAACAAAGAGAACCCCUUCAUCGAAACCAACAAGUAAACCGGAUGUCUGGUAUUUUAUUACUCAAAGUGAGUCUGGAGAUGGAGAGCAAGUGCAGUUGCUCUGCAAGGAGCCUGAGUUUCCCAAUGGGAAGAUCACAGAGUAUCAAAUCAGCAUUCAGGAUUUCAAGGACAAACCAUCAAACAAAAAGGUUGUCUGGGAGACCAUCCCCAUCACAGACCACAACACAGUCAACAGCUCUGCGCACAUUACUGCAUUAAAACAAAUCCACCUGACCAACAACACGCCCGUCAUCGUCAAAGUCACUGCUGUCAACGCAAAGGGGAAGUCUCCAGUCUCCACACUUGUGAUCCCCAUAAGAGAACAUGCGCGCUCUCCGGUGCAGAAGUUAGAAGUUUAUCCCGAAAAAAAGAAACUGUUUGUCAAAUGGAGCGCUCCUAACAGUACGGCUGUGUCCGAAUAUCUAGUGCAGUGGACCAGCGCUGGUGAGAUGGACUGGCACAGAGUAAAGAAGAACAUUACCAAGAUUAGCAUACCAGGACACCUGGAGAAGUUUGUCAGAUACAAUGUGUCUGUAUAUCCGCUGUACUUUGUAUUGAUUGGAAAACCAGAACAAGUAGAAGCUUAUUUAGAACAAGGAGCUCCACUAGACGCACCAUCUGUCAAACUCAAUGGAAAGCCUGGAUGUACAGAAUCCAAUUUGAUAUGGGAGAAACUUCCGCAAAAAACUCAACGAGGCUUCAUCACAAACUACACAAUCUUUUACAGCGAUGGAACGAAAACCCAAUCCGUCACAGUCUCAAGUGACACCUUUUCAUAUGCUCUGAAAUGUUUGGCUCGCAACACCAGAUAUGACGUGUGGAUCCAGGCGUCAAACAUAAAGGGUUCCGCUCGAGGCCCUAACCACUCUUUCACCACGCUCAAAUACGCACCUGGUGAAAUCGAGGCUAUUGUUGUUGGAGUGAGCCUCGGCUUCCUGUUUAUUGUUUUUCUGACCAUGCUCUUCUGCAUCAGUAAAAGAGAUGUCAUCAAAGAAAGCUUUUGGCCUCAAAUUCCAAAUCCUGGAGCAAGCACGAUUGGGACCUGGUCUCCGGAUUAUCCUAACAAGGCUGAAACGUCAAGUGAAAACUGUUUGUCUGGCAUCACUGUACUUGAAGUGGAUAUUUGUGAUGCUAAGUCUGUCUUUGAAGAAGAUAAGGCUUGUCUCCCUCUGAAGAAAGACAAAUAUAUGUCUGAGGAGCACAGCAGCGGCAUCGGAGGCUCUUCCUGCAUGUCUUCGCCUCGACAGAGUGUGUCUGACAGUGACGAGGGCGGUGAUGUAGCUGACACGACUGCAAGCACUGUGCAGUACUCCUCAGUGGUGGCCAUUAGUGGCUACAAGGGGCAGACACCAAGCCUACCAUCCCAGCAAGCUGUGUUUUCAAGGUCUGAGUCCACUCAACCCCUUUUAGAGUCAGAAGAGAAUCCAGACAUACUGUCGCUGGAGGGGAGCAGACAGUCCCGGCACUUUCCUCAUUUAAGUCACUGUGAGGGGAACUCUGACCACGGCCAGCUGGACGGGGAAGCCAAGACGUCGGAUUUUUGUCCGGUCGGAGAAGACUCGGAGGACAGGCUGUCUGCUGAUGAACAAUCACAUGAAUGGGUGGAGGCACCUAUCUCCAGCUAUAUGCCUCAGCUGGGGGGCUACAGGCAACAAUAA